AUGGAAGUGUCCCGACCUGUGGGCAAAACUGCGGCAGAAGACGUGCCAGCCUCUGCGGCCUGGACCCAGAGUCGAUUGAGCGAAUACUCAAGCGGCAAGUUCAGUCUGAGCCUUGAAGCCUCGCAAGCCCAGCGCAUGAGUGAAACGGGUGGACGCGUGAGCUCUACGUACGGCCAGCGGCAGACGGAAAUGCGUCUCAAAGCUGCAGACUUUGAUGACCUGCCACCCGAGAGGACAAAGGACUACAAGGGUCGCAUUCGGACGUGGCCUGGGUUGUUGUUACUGCUGUUGCUGCUGGGUGGUGCGGCAAUAAUCAUCGUGAAGCAAGCAAUGGAAACCAGUGAGUUCAUGAAAGCCGACCAUGAAGCCUUUGAGCGGGAGCAAACGAAACGACGCAAGAUCAAGGACGGCAUGGACGACGACAAGGUGCUCAUGUCAGACGACGGACAAGUGGGGAACCCGAAGAAGUACCCGGACAUGGGCUGUGAGUUGCCUAACUAUCAGAGCAAAAAGGGAAAAAUUAUCGCUGUGUCAAAGAACGGCACGGAAGUGCCCGUUGGGAUCAAGGGUGUCAACUGGUUUGGCAUGGAAACGGGCUUGGCCCUUCCGUUUGGACUGUGGGAGAACAUGGACAACGGCACGUCGGUCUACGAAGUCGCGGCUUUCCUAUCCCGCAAUAACUUCAACAGCGUUCGUUUGCCGGUAUGUAUCAAGAACAUCCUCAACGACGUGGCUCCAGAGAAGUCGCUCAUCAAUUUGAACACGAAUCGAGCUGUCAAUAUCACGUCGUACAUCACGACGGUCCAGUCAAUCGUCGAAGCGCUGGGAUACCGUCAAGUAUCCGUUCUCAUCAGUCUGCACACGUUGGACCAGAAAAAGUCAGGAGGUGCCUGGUUCAGCGAGGAGCUCGAUGUGACCGAGGAUCAGUUUCUCAAAGCAGUGGAUAUCCUCACCAAGAACUUGUGCAGCUCCAAGUACUGGAACAUUGUUGGUCUUGAUCUGAAGAAUGAGCCGCAUGAGUGCUCGUGGGGAGGAGCUGAGCCGGACUGGCAGAAGGGGGCGACGUUGAUUGGCAACCGCAUGCUGGAAGGCUGUCCAAACUGGCUGGCAUUUGUCGAAGGCAUCGCUUCCAAAGGGACGAUCACGCUCAAUGGCAAAGAAGACACCUUCUUCGAUUGGUGGGGCGGCGGUCUCUCUGAUGCCAGCGGCAAUCCUCCAACAUUUGACAUUGAGAACAAACUAGUGUGGUCACCGCACUACUAUAACACGGGUGUGAGUCCAGCCUGGUAUCUCUACGAUGGCGGCACUCAGACGGCUGAAGGUGGGCGAGAAGGCUACGUCGAGCUCGACGACGAAACGCUGCGAAACAACGUGGAGAAGACUAUGGAGAAGAUGUUUGGCUACUUGCUGGAAGAGGAUACCAACUCUGCAAUGGUCAUGGGCGAAUUCGCCGGGCUCUACAGCAAGGACGCCCAUCCGAUGCUCACGACGAAGCGAACGACGGAUUACACGAUCGAGGUGAUGCUCAAGCAUAACUACGCAGGAGCUUACAUGUGGUCGUUGAACCCCGAGAGCGCGUAUCAGUUCAACCCAGCGGAUACUUUCGGUCACUUCACGGAGGGUCUGCUCGAGGACGACUGGCUCACACCAAACAAGGUGUUCGUGAAAGGCAUGGCUGCCCUGGACGAAAUGAAAAACCUUCAGCCAUUUCCGUGCUUCCCGGAGGAAGUGGAGGAACCGGAGGAGACGACGUCUUCGUUAGAAAAGGAGUAG